AUGUUCGCCAAACCACGAGCAAAAAAGGGGCUUAUUCCUCCUCGUCUUAGUAGGAAGCGCAAGAAUACUUCAGAAGUGGAACAAGUCUCAUUCGACAAUGACGCCCGCGAAGAGUACCUGACUGGCUUUCACAAGCGAAAGGUGCAGCGCAAAAAGAAUGCACAAGAAGUUGCAACGAAGCGAGCGCGACAAGAGAAAUUGGAUAUGCGCAAACAGGUACGAGACGAGCGACGCCAAGAAAUGGAAGACCACGUCCUCCGUAUCAACGAGAUGUUAAAGGCAUCUCUUGCUGCGACUGAAGGGAACGAUGUCAACGCCGAGAAUGAACAAGGUGAAGAGUGGGAUGGGUUCCCCGAUAAGCCGGAAUUGGACAUUGUCGACCACGAAGAGGAAUACAUAGACGAGGAUCGGUAUACAACUGUGACAGUCGAGACUGUAUCAGUAUCUCGCGAUGGUCUAUCCAAACCCGAGUUACCGAGCGAAGACGACGAGAGCAAGAAAAAAGAGGGGGAUGAAUCCGGAGAGCCAGAAGAGAGCAAAGAGCAAAAGCAGAACCGAAAGGCUCCGAAGCCCAAAAAGAAGCAAUUUCGGUACGAAUCGAAAACGGAAAGAGAUUUCGAGAAUCGGAAACAAAGAGCAAGGAACAAAGCCAAGCGAGGGAUAUAA